AUUAUUUUUAUUUAACCGAGGAGGCUCUAAUUAUGGUGUUCACACACCUGCACUACACAUAAGUCACAUCACAUAGCACACUCACUCUUUUAUAGAACGGUGUAGUAGACUAGCAUUCUGCCAACUACUCGCUCUUACUAUUAGGGGUGUUCUGAGAUCACAUAGAAAAAUGGUGAAAGCGGUCGCUGUACUUAGCUGUAGCGAGGUUGUCAAGGGAACAAUCCAUUUUGCCCAGGAAAAAGAUGGCCCAACUACUGUAACUGGAACUCUUUCUGGUCUUAAGCCUGGGCUUCAUGGAUUCCAUGUUCAUGCCCUUGGUGAUACCACAAAUGGUUGCAUGUCAACUGGACCCCAUUUUAAUCCUGCUGGCAAAGAACAUGGUGCCCCAGAGGAUGAUAAUCGUCAUGCUGGUGAUCUAGGAAACGUUAAUGUUGGUGAUGAUGGCACAGUUAGCUUCACGAUUGUCGACAAGCAGAUUCCUCUUACUGGGCCAGAUUCAAUUGUUGGAAGGGCUAUUGUCGUGCAUGAAGAUCCUGAUGAUCUUGGCAAGGGUGGGCAUGAACUGAGCAAAACCACUGGAAAUGCAGGUGGCAGACUAGCUUGCGGUGUAAUUGGUCUCCAAGCAUGAAGUGCCUGUCUAUGACUAUAAUAAAAGGCUGAAACUCUGUUGUGUAUUUUGGUUGUAUGGUCGACAGUGGUUUGUAUGCUAUGAACUCGCAUAAUCUUCCUUUUGUCUUGGAUCGCAUGAUGAAUAACAAAAGUGAUAUAUGGUUUCUAAAA